CUGUAGAUUAAGCCUCAUCCUGCACAAUCGAUCCCUCUGCAGGGACAAGCGACAAACUGAUGUUGCUGAAACAGUCACAGUGAAAACGCUGACACGAUGGAUUUCAAUGUGAAGAAACUAGCGUCGGAUGCAGGUGUCUUCUUUACUCGGGCGGUUCAGUACACAGAGGAGAAGCUCGGCCAAGCAGAAAAAACUGAACUAGAUGCCCACUUGGAGAACCUGAUCGCUCGAGCAGACUGCACCAAAAAUUGGACUGAAAAGAUCUUUAGGCAGACUGAGGUGCUGCUUCAACCCAACCCAAGUGCCCGUAUUGAAGAGUUUUUCUAUGAGAAAUUGGACAAAAAACUUCCAACCAGAACCACCAAUGCUGAGCUACUGGGACAGUAUAUGCAGGAUGCUGCAAAGGACUUUGGGCCAGGAACUCCAUAUGGCAGCACUUUGAUCACUGUUGGAGAAUAUCAGAAAAGAUUGGGUGGAGCAGAGAGAGAACUCCUUCAGACAUCAGCCAUUAACUUCCUCACACCACUGAGAAAUUUUCUAGAGGGAGACUGGAAAACCAUUUCGAGAGAGAGAAAGCUACUUGAAAAUCGACGCCUUGACCUGGAUGUUUGCAAGGCUCGGCUCAAGAAAGCAAAGUUAGCAGAAGCUAAAGCUGCUGCUGCGCCAGACUUUCAGGAGACUAGGCCCCGCAAUUAUGUCCUGUCCGCAAGCGCAUCUGCGCUCUGGAGUGAGGAAGUGGAUAAAGCUGAACAAGAAUUGCGUUUGGCUCAGACUGAGUUUGACAGACAGGCAGAAGUGACACGCCUCCUUCUGGAAGGCAUCAGUAGCACACAUGUGAACCACUUGCGUUGCCUUCAGGAGUUUGUGGAGGCUCAGGCUGCUUACUAUGCACAGUGUCACAAGCACAUGCAGGACCUUCAGAAAGAACUGAGCAGUGCAAACGGAGAUACGUUUCCUAAUGCUUUUGCUACAAAUGCCUCUGCAUCAGGGGUGUCAGCAGGUCAUUCUCCCCUUGCCACUGCUACCCUGCCUGGGGCUUCUUCACCCAGUCAUCCCCACAAUGCCUCCAAUGCACUUGGGUCCGGCACGCUGAAGAUAGAGGAGGUGAAGCCACCUGCCACUGGCACUCGCAAAGCCAAAGUGCUUUAUGACUACGACGCUGCAGACACAAGCGAACUUUCCCUUCUCGCCGAUGAGCUGAUUACCGUGUACACCGUGCCAGGCAUGGACCCGGACUGGCUUAUUGGAGAGAGAGGCAACCAGAAAGGCAAAGUGCCUGUUACGUACCUGGAGCUCCUAAGCUAGAAGCCCCUCCUCGACACAAACAGAGUCAUACUGGUGACUGAAUUAUGCAUGAACAAAUAUCCACACACUCCUGAACACUCAGUGAAUUGAUUUUUUUUUCUUUUUUGUAAUACCUUGAUUUGCAUUUUGAACAGUGUUCAAAGUCUGUGUUACUAUGUUUAAACCCCUAGUUAUGUUGUUUCAUUUGAACAUUACACUACAGAACCCUGUUUUUAUUUCUUGUGAUCCUGUGACUGCUAGAUUUUUAUGAAGUUUGUCAUACCCUUGAAAUUUCUUCGAAAGCGAGAAAAAAAAUAAGCUUGGGGCGCUUAAGGGUGAUGUGUGUUGUCUUCGUGUGUGUGGGUGUGAUGAUACAUGUUUUGUUUUAUGGUAAAAUUAGAUCAUGUUCUUUAAAUAGAUCCACAUCUUUAUGUAUGGUCUCAAUUACAUACAGUCUACUCCAUGCACGGUGGUCUUUGUUCAAAAUGUGUAAAUUGUUGUAAGAGGAUUUUAUGUUUUGAGAGAUGUGUGAAAGCUUUUGGUCCAGUUAAGAUACUGUAUAAGAUUAAAAAAGAUCUGCUCAUAUAUAAAGAACAGAAUUUUUUAACCCAGAAUUAGUAACUUUUUGAAAUGUAUUCACAUCCACUCAGUUGAUGGCUUUGUCAUUUCCUUUCAAUGUUCAGUGCUUGUUUAAAAAGUUGCGUAAUGAAUGAAUGAAUGAAACUUGAAUAUAAUAAAGAGAGUUUUACCGAUUCUUGA